AUGUUGUUGUGGUACAAGCUUCGCUCCAAACCAGGGAAAAAGGAAAAGGAGAGAGGUGAGAUUGAAGUGGAUAUCCAGUUUAUGAGGAGCAACAUGACAGCCAGUAUGUUUGAUCUGUCCAUGAAAGACAAGUCUCGCUCUCCCUUUGGCAAGCUCAAAGACAAGCUCAAGGGGAAGAGGAGCAGCGGCCUUUCUGACACGGCAUCGGCAAUCAUUCCCAGCACAACUCACUCCCCCGUUGACAGUGAAGAUGAGUCCGUUGAGAAGGAAAAGAAGAAAUCAAAGUUCAAAACCCUGUUUUCCAAACCUGGCCUGCAGAAGACCUCCCUCUCCCAGUCCAUGUCAGUCCUUCCGACACAGCAGCCCGUCACCGAGAGGGUUCGGCUUCGGCCCAGCGACUUCCAGUCGCAAUGGGACGAUGAGGAGUCUGAGACCUCUCCAACCUCAGAAAAAGCCUUUGGAAAUGCCGUGGAAGAGAAGUCCUCUCCUUCUCCUGUAUUUAAAUCUCGUAAAACAGCAACUUUGGACAGCAGGCAACUAAACCAAGUAACCACUAACCACACCAAGAAAGAAGGGCUCUCUUUAUUCAGUGGCCUUAAAUCCAAAACCGAUCCCAUUUCCAAGUCUAGUCUGUGUAUCAAUGGCAGUCAUGUUUAUAUGGAAGAGAGCGUAAAGAAGGACAACACUCCAGCCUCUUCCCCCUCUCCUCACAACUUCAGGAGAAAGCAGCUCUUUGCUUCAGAAGAGAACCUGUCUUCUGGAUCUACUAAAGGACCUGAAGAGAUGGGAAGAACAUCUCCUAGUCAUGCUUUCUCUGGGUCUGCAUCUCUGGAGACCUUUAAAUCUAUGACUUUGCCAUCAUACAAAUUGCUUAGCAGUGAAGAAUACCUGGAAACCAGUGUUCCUCCGAGUGUCGAGGUUAUUAAAGAGACCAAAAAACCAGACCACAAAAAGUCUGCCUUGCUGUCUCUGGUCACUGGGAAGAAGGAAGCAGUGAAGACCAGUGAUGCUGAGAAUGUUCCUGACAGGACCCCGCAGGAUGAAGAAAACAAAGUUCCAGAAGAGAAGAGUGAACAAGAGGCUAAACGUCUUGAACUUCCAGCAAAUUUAAGCAGAGGGAAUCCUUCAGAAGACAGUCACCGCGCAGAAGGCAUCUUUGCAAAUAAGCAGCCGCUCAACCCUUUUGAGGAAGAACGGAAACCUGAAAAAGCUACUGCACCGGCGAAGACCAAAGCUGUCAAGCCCAGACUGGGCGUGUCUUCAGAGGAGGAAACCAAAGCCACGCUUCCUACUCUUGCACCUGAUUCCCUUCCUGCUUUUCUUUCUGUACACCGUAUCAGUAGUGACAAUAAUCCUUUUAUUUCUAAAAUGGGACAAAAUGUCCAACCCUACUCUUCCUCUCAUUCCCUUCUCUCUGAUGCCCCAAGUCGUAGAGCAGAGUCUCCGAAAAAGCCAACAGCCGAGGGCUUCGCAGAUAAAGCAGGAAAUUCUGGCAAGAAGAAGCUUCUUCAGGCAUGGGUUUCACCCUCUGAAACAUAUCCUAACCAAACUCAGCAGAGUGGUGAAACCGUGUCUCCUAAGCACAGACUCCAUCCUGUGAAGCCAAUGAAUGCCACAGCAAACAAGUCUCAAAGUAAAAACCUGAAUGUCAUCAGCACUAUGAAUGAAAAGCUGCUCGAGAUGAAUGUGAAGAAAUAUGAUCCUUCAGAUCCUGCGUAUGCUUAUGCUCAGCUAACACACGAUGAGCUGAUCCAGCUGGUCUUGAAACAGAAGGAUACAAUUACCAAGAAAGAUGUCCAGGUGCGUGAGCUUGAAGACUACAUCGAUAACUUGCUUGUCAGAGUCAUGGAAGAAACCCCAAACAUUCUUCGUGUUUCAGCGUCUGGAAACAAAAAAGCUGGAAAGAUGUAAAAGCUCUCGGGACAUUG